AUGGUACUACUAGAGAGCGUUACUCAGGACAAGGAAAAAGAAAAAAUAAUGGUACCGGAUAGUGCCACUCAAGCAGUUUUAGUACAUUCAACACCUAUGUCAGAAGAUGCCAUAACAGUAAUUGGUCCAGAUUUUAAUCAAAAACUUACAUAUGAUCAAAUACUUCGUAGUUAUGAUAGAAUUGGUUUUCAAGCAACCAGUGUAGGAAAGGCCAUACAAAUCAUUAAUCAAAUGAGAAAAUGGAGAUUAUCAGAUGAUCCGAUAUCACCCGAUGAAAAGGAUGAAUUAAAAGAUCCUUCUAUUCGUUCCACCAUCAAAUGUAAAAUCUUUCUUGGUUACACAUCAAAUUUGGUGUCAUCCGGAUUACGAGAAAUAUUUCGAUACUUGGUUCAACAUUCUCAAGUGGAUGUAAUAGUUACUACAGCGGGAGGGGUAGAAGAAGAUUUUAUUAAAUGUUUAGCUUCAACUUAUUUAGGGGAAUUUCAUUUACCCGGAGUUGAAUUAAGAAAAAAAGGAUUAAAUCGAAUUGGUAAUUUAAUAGUUCCAAAUGAUAAUUAUUGUAAAUUUGAAGAUUGGAUUGUUCCAAUUUUAGAUCAAUUAUUAAAAGAACAAAAGGAUGAGGGAACAAUAUGGUCACCAUCAAAAAUUAUUGAUAGAUUAGGUAAAGAAAUAAAUAAUCCUGAAUCUAUAUAUUACUGGGCACACAAAAAUAAAAUACCAGUAUAUUGUCCUGCCAUAACAGAUGGAUCAAUAGGAGAUAUGAUCUAUUUUCAUUCUUUCAGGAAUCCUGGACUUUUAUUAGAUAUUGUUUCUGAUAUUAGAUCUAUAAAUGAUCAAGCUGUAUUUGCUAGGAAAACUGGAAUGAUUAUAUUAGGAGGUGGUAGAAAUGGAGCAGAUUAUGCAGUAUAUAUAAAUACUGGACAUGAAUUUGAUGGAAGUGAUUCAGGAGCGAGACCUGAUGAAGCAGUUAGUUGGGGUAAAAUUAAAAUGAAUGCUGAUUCAGUUAAAAUACAUUCUGACGCAACUAUAGUAUUUCCGCUUAUUGUAGCAGAAACAUUUGCCAAAGAAAUAUAA